AUGUCGCCCGGGGGAGGCAACCCCCGCCCUGUUCCGACGGAGCUGGUGCUCUACACCGACAUCUUCUACCUAGGGACCCUGGAGGAAUCCAUCGGGGACAUCCGGGGUGCCUGCAUUGUUGUGCGGGGCAACCUCAUCGAGUGGGUGGGGCCGGAGACCGACUGCCCCCCCGAGCUCCGGCUGGAGGCCACCAGGGUUGUGAGCCUGGCGGACCAGGUGGUCAUUCCCGGCCUGGUCAACACCCACCAUCACAUGUACCAGACAUUGACCCGCUGCGUCGCUCAGGACUCUGCCCUGUUUGGGUGGCUCACCAGCCUCUACCCAGCUUGGAGCACCAUGACGGGCGAGGAUGUGUACGUCUCUGCCAAGCUCGCCAUGGUGGAGCUGCUCCUGAGCGGCUGCACCACCAGCUCAGACCAUCUGUACAUCUACCCCAACGAUGUCAUGCUGGAUGACACCAUCCGGGCAGCUCGAGAGGUGGGCCUCCGGUUCCACCCCACCCGCGGCAUCAUGACACUGGGCAAGAGCCAAGGUACGACGGAGGUCGCGCUGGAGGACGCGCGGCGCCUGAUCCGGCAGUACCACGACCCAUCCUGCCAUGCGAUGCUGCGCCUGGGCGUGGCGCCGUGCUCGCCCUUCUCGGUCACCGAGGACUGCAUGGCGGCUGCCGCCAAGCUGGUGGCCGAGUUUCCCGGGGUCCGCCUGCACACCCACCUGGCCGAAAACCAGGAGGACAUCGACUACAGCCUCAAGGUCUAUGGCUGUCGCCCGGGGGAAUACAUCAAGAGGGUCGGCUGGAACAGGGAGGUGUCCUGGUAUGCGCACUGCGUCAUGCUCAGCGCCGAGGAGCGGGUCCAGUUCAGGGACGCGGGGAUGGCCGUGGCGCACUGCCCCUCUAGCAACCUCCGCCUCGCCUCUGGCAUCUGCCCCGUGCGCCGCCUGCUGGACGACGGGGUAACGGUGGCCCUUGGCGUGGACGGCACGGCCUCCAACGACACGGGAAACCUGCUGCAGGAGAUGCGCCUGGCCCUGCUGCUGCAGCGCGCCUCCGGCAACGUGGAAGGGCUGAGGGUGCGAGAGGCGCUGCAGAUCGCGACGCAGGGCGGCGCCAAGGCGCUAGGCUGGGAGGGGGAGGUGGGCGUCAUCGCGCCCGGAUACGCUGCCGACUUUGUGGGGUGGAAGACCAGCGACAGCGUCGCAUUUGCGGGCGGCCUGCACCAGCCACUGUCCUCGCUGCUGCUGUGCGCGCCGGGCAACGUGACGACCUCUGUCAUCAACGGGGAGGUCAUUGUUCGCGACGGCUGCCUGCUGACGGUGGAUGUGAAGGCCUUGGUGCGAGACCACAACGAGCGAUCUGCCAGGAUCUGCGCUGCUCUGGGCGGUCCAGAAGCGUGA